GCCCGUUCAAAUUGAGUUGACCAAAUUUAUCAAGUGAUUAUAUGUGAUGAAUCCAUAUCCUUUACCAAAAGUCAGAGAGUCAUCAAUGGAUAAGUUUCGAUACAGUAUACUACUUGCACCGUUUCAGCCGGCAACAAGAAUCGAAUUAGAAACUAAGAUAAACACUAAUAUAGAAUGCUAUUUAGAUGUAAAAAAUACUGGCGACAAGACACUAAACAUAUCCGUAACAAAGCUACCAUCUGUAAAACGUCAAAUUGAUCUAAACUUAUCUGAACUAAAAAUUCAAGGACAUAGCACUGGUACAUUAUGUAUAAAAUGGUCACCAAGAGAAGCAGGAUGCUGGCGAGAUGUGCUGCAACUUACUGACAGUCGACGAAUUAAAUAUGAUAUUAUCAUAGCAACAACAGCUAAGGAUGAUAAAAAAAGCAAUAAAACUAAAAGAUUGAAACCAGGUGUACUAUCAUCCUCGUCAAAUAUUCCUGUAUUAUCAGUAAGCAAACAAUCUAAUCAAAACAACACGUCAGAAGUUGCAACUGUUAGUCAGUCUCUCUCUUCUUUGACAAAAAAUCUUGAUACACAAAUAAAUCAAUACAAGCUUCACUAUAAGAGAGAUUUAGAUAAAGAAAAUAUUUUGAAUCAAAAUAAAGAAAUAAAGGAUUGUACAUUGCAAACAAAAGACAAUAAAAUAGAUGGGAUGCAUCAUAACAGACAUGAAAAAUUAGAUAAUAUCUUGUACGAGCAAGAUAUAAAUGUAUGGAGUGACAGUAGUGUUCUGCCACAAGUUUUGCUUCCAUCAAAUGAGCCACAAGAUAUACGUAGAGCAACAUAUAUUAAAAAAAGGAAAUCUCUUGACAAUAUACUGUGUGAGCAUGAAAUUCAUGAAAAUAUGAAGUGUAAUAAAGACAUGACUCAGUCAGAUUUUUCAUUACUUCUGAAUAAAUUUACAUUUACGUCUACAGAUGUAAUUUCAAGUUCACCAACGAGAAAAGAAUCGAUAGGUUCUAGAACUUCUCAUAUCAUAGAUAAGCAUAAGACUUUCAAUAUCAGUCAUCAAUUCUUUGAGGCAUCCACGAUUUAUGAUACAAAGACUACUGUCAAUGCAGAGCCUGUAUUACAAUCAACAAACUUAUAUAAUUUGUCGCCAAUUAAACCAGAUAAAAGCUUUCUCAUGGCUAAUGUCAAGAAUAUAAUUUCGUCGUCACCGACUCAAUUUGAACAUCAUAUACCGAAAGAUUCUAAUGAAUACGUAAAACAUCUUACUGUAGACAUGAAUCCAAAUAUCCAAACAACCAACUGCGAAUACUUCAGUUUUGAAGUUAUUCCUAGGAAUGUUGCAGUAGCAAAAAAGACAGGAGAUAUGUAUAUCGAGAUUUCUCCACCAAAGAAGCAUUUUUACUCUAAAAUGAUAUCAAACUUGAAUAAUGCAAAAAUCGGCAAAGUUAUAAAAAAUAAUACUUUAUGUGACAGAAGGCACAAAAAGGAGUUAAAACUGAACGUAUCUGCUGCAAAAAAUGAUACGAGGAAUGUACCAGCAAUUAAGAUAAACAAAUUUUCCCUUAAUACUUUGUGUAAUACAAAAUGGCAUCCUUCGUCGUCUAGAAAUACGAGUUUUGUAAUACGAAACGAAGAGGAGUACUUUAUAUAUAAAACAUGUGAAUUGGAUCCUUUCGCACCAUCUACAAUAGAGGACCCAUUUCUUAAAAAUACAGUAUACUUUGACGAGCCAUGGCUGCUGCAACAAGAAUUGGUGUUUUCAAAGUGGUUGAAUGCUCUAUUAUCUUCGCCAGAAGACUUAUCUGUUGAUGUUGAAACUGCCGUAAUGGACAUCGGCAAAGUAUGGCAAACAUGCAAAACACAAAAAAAUACUGUAUUGGCUGAAACCAAGGAGGCUGUAUCUGCUAGAUAUCACACGAAUACAAGAUUAAAUACAUUACGAAAAGCCGCAAAUGCUAUGUUCAAACGGGACGAAGUCUGCCAAGUUCUUUCACGUACCAACACGUAUAUUACUAAAGGAACUUUACGUAUUAGAUCAGAUCGUAAUCUUCAUCGUGAUAUUGGUUUACAGAAAUUGAUAUUGAGCUUAUUCUUGAGUUAUAAUCCUCUGUGGCUGCGUAUCGGUUUGGAAACUGUGUACAAUGAAAGCAUUUCGCUACGCUCGAACGAUGACAUUUUCGGUCUGACUCGUUUUUUGCUAACAAGAUUCUUUUCAAAUCCACGACUGAUAAAAAUGCCUGGAUAUCAUAAAACUGACCCGAAUAAAAAAUUUGUUACACAGCUGAAUCAAUUUAGUUUGAGAAAAUUUCUUUUUUUAAUAUACUUUCUUGACUAUGCCAAGCAGCAUAAGUUAAUCGGCCAUGAUCCAUGUCUAUUUCACAAACGCGCCCAGUAUAAGGAAAGUCGCGAAAUCUUGCUAAGCUUCUCGCGCGAGCUUCUAAGUGGUAUCGGCGACGUGACCAGAAUACUGCGUGGCCACAACUAUGUGCUUACUUAUCGACAAACCUACAUUGAGGAAUAUGAUUAUGCAGUAGUAAAUAUACGGCACGAUUUACGUGAUGGCGUGCGAUUGUGUCGCGCGAUGGAGUUAAUCACUGGCACCCGAGGAUUAACCCAACGUUGUCGGGUACCAGCAAUAUCGCGUCUCCAAAAGAUACACAACGUAGAUAUGGCAUUAAGUUCCUUGCGUCAGGCUGGCUACGUCCUGGAGGGCAACAUAGACGUGAAAAGCAUUGUCGAUGGUCAUUGUGAAAAGACUCUGUCGCUUCUGUGGCAAAUCGUUCACAAGUACCAGGCGCCGCGAUUUGAUCGAGCGGCUCGCGUGAUCCAGAAGUGGUGGCGGGCACAACUCUGGUACAUUUAUGUAAGAAACUUCCUACAUGCACGUAAAAAUCUGGCUGCAACAGUGAUCCAACGCAUGUGGAAACGUAAAACGACACAGUCUUCGCAUGUGAUUGAAAUUGAUGAUAAUUUUGAGGAACGCAAACGGUUCUUGUGCAUCAGAGCAGCUACGAUACAAAUUCAGAGAUGGUGGAAACAAGUGAGAAAAAAUAAAAUGCAAAAGAAGUACAAAGCGGUGAUUAUAUUGCAAAGAAAAUGGAGAGCUACAUUGCUAAUGCGGAUGCAACGAAGUCUGUAUUAUAAUCUGAAGAAUGCUACAUUAAUGAUUCAAACUUGUUGGAGAGCUACGCGAGCAAUGAAAUUGCAGCGUUCUACAUGUCUUAUACGCAGAGACGCUAUCAAGAUUGUGCAAUCUUGGUGGAGGUCUGUGAGAGCCAUGCAGGAACAGGAUGAAUGGUUCCUUCGCAACAGAGAGAGCUAUUGUAUCAUUCAAAUGGAGGCAUCUUGGUGGAGGCAACAUUUAUUAGUACUAAAAGCGCGCAUUGACUUUCUGCAGACGAGAGCUGCCGUGCGCAAUAUUGAGAGAUGGUGGUUGAGUGUGCUUGACAGAAAGAAAUUCCUCUUAUAUCGAAAGAGUACCAUUCUCAUUCAGAGAACGUGGAAUAAAUACCAAAUGCGCAAACGAGAAGUCGCCUGCUUGAAAAUACAAACGUGGUGGAGAGCAGCGAUAUAUUCGCACAAGUAUAGACUGCAGAAGCACUCUUGCCUGAAAUUGCAACGUUGGUGGCGUGGACUCAUGCUUAUGAGACAUCAACGUUUGGAAUUUCUGCAGCUGCGGAAAGUAACGUGUAUUAUACAGGAGAAUUGGCGGGCAAAAACAAUCAGAAGAAAUUAUUUGAAACAGCGGCGAGCAGCUUUACUAAUACAAUCGUGGUACCGUCGUACCAAUUCAGCAAGGACCAUCCGACGACAUUACUUAAAAAUAAGAGACGCUACAAUACAAAUACAAAACUGGUGGCGCAACAUUACGGUAGCUCGUCAAGAAUGGAUAAGAUAUUUAUGGAUUCGCAAGAGCGCCUCUCUUCUGCAGACUUACCGGUGUCGACAUGUUUUAGCUCGCGCAAAUCGCCAGCGGUAUUUAACGAAGUGGAUAGCAUGCGUUAUUAUUCAAUCUUGGUGGCGAAUGAUCAAAAUGAGGAGCAAAUAUAAACGGUUCAAGGUUCAUGUGUUAGAGAUGCAAAGAAGGUGGCGUGCAAAGAAAGCCGCUCGUGCUGCCAGGAGAGAGCACUUGCUAACUUGCGCGGCUAUUGUCGUGCAAACACGCUGGAGAGUUCUAACAGCGAGGAAACGAUUCGUCGCAUUGCGUCAAGCUACAAUAGUCAUUCAAUCGUAUUACAGAAUGAAAGUUGCAAUGCGAAGAUACGAAACCUGUAAGUAUGCCGCGAUGGUCAUCCAAGCCCAUUGGCGAGCUUACAUUGUUGGUAGACAAGAGAGACUGCGUUAUCUGUCUCUACGCCAAGCAACGAUUAUGUUGCAGCGUCGUUAUAAGAAGAAGAGAAUAGAACAUGAAAUGCAACGCCAGGUAAAUAAUAUUGCUUUACUUGCUACGAAAAUUCAAGACGAAUGUGGAGAAAGUAUCCAAAUUACCGCGAAACUCGCGUUUUCAAGCAGCGACUAUUGGCAAAAGAAGAUCAAUGUACUACGCAGCUGCAACAGCGUUGGGAUGCUGCUUACUUGUUUGUACAGUUUAGAUACUAUAACGAUGCUGUCACCGACCGUUUGCAUCAUCCUUUGUGAGCUGAACUUAACCGAUGACAUUUACAAUACGAUAGUGCAGAACAACAGAUCGCUACCGUGGAUGAAAGUUUGUCUGCGAGCAUGCAGCAUUUUGAUUACCCUGUCGAAGUACCCCUAUACGAGAAAAUAUGUGCUUAAGAAAGAAUAUGCAUUGGCAUUAGUAAAGCUUCUGAAUGGAUCACUGAAAGAUAAGGAAGUAUUUCUGCAUUGUGCUACUUUAAUAUGGUUGCUUAGCCAGAAUGAAGAUUACGCGAAAGCUACAGCAAUGUGUCCACAAAUAAAUUACCUAAUGAAAACUAUUCAACAAAAAGUUUUGAAGAAUAUCAUAGUGCCAAAACUCCAAAAAUUUAAGGACCCAGAUAAAUUAUAUCCCAAUUGUGAACCUGAUCGAAAUAAUUUAGCAAUGCAGAAACCGCGUCUCUUUACCGACAUGAGUAUUGCCGUUACAGCUAUUGUUAAAAGAAUUUGCACUUGA